AUGCCUCAAAGACAACUCCGAAAUCCGUUUGCCAGUACUCCCAGCACAGCGGUUGCCAUACCGCCCUCCGACAAGCCUACAGCCCGGCGACCUUCGACCUCGAAGGCCAACAGAUUGACUCAAUUCUUCUCUUCCUCACCAAAGAGUAAGGAGCAGCAAUCUGCACAGGCAGCUCUCCUUUCUGCGGUGGCCGCACAGCAGCAACGACUGCUAGAUAACCCAUCGCCACAUAUCAGCGCUCCAUCAUUGUCAUUACCCACCAUUUCUCUCUCCACAGCAAAGGCCGGUGAGGCUAAUAUGGACGAGCCCCCUACGACUCUUUUCCAACCACCUUCUGUUGCAGAAGCUAAAAGACAAGCAAGAAUCGACGCACAAUUCGGACCUCUUGGAAGCCAGAGUCACAGAUAUGUUUCCCAGCAUGUGGGUGAAGAGCUCGAAGCUCCUGUUAUGGACGAACCCCCUUACUAUUACCUCCUGACGACGUACAUAAGUUAUCUUAUCCUGAUAAUCUUUGGCCACGUUCGAGACUUCUUUGGCAAGCGAUUCAGAGCCGAAAAUUACAAGCAUCUCAAAUCGGCCAACGGUUAUGCUGCUCUCAACAGCGAUUUCGACAACUUCUACGUGCGCCGAUUGAAGUUGCGAAUUGACGACUGCUUUGCUCGGCCAAUAACGGGUGUACCUGGAAGAUAUAUCACCUUGAUGGAUCGCAAGACCGAAGAUUACAACCGUCAUUAUCAGUUCACUGGCACCUACACCGAAACUCUCAACAUGAGCUCCUACAAUUAUCUCGGCUUCGCUCAAUCAGAAGGUCCUUGCGCAGACGCAGUCGAGGAGUCUAUCAAGAAAUACGGUAUUAGUGCAGCUAGCCCUCGCGCAGAUGCAGGUACUUCAGAACUGGCCAUGGAAGUUGAAGACAAGAUUGCCAAGUUCGUUGGUAAACCAGCUGCUAUGGUCUUCUCUAUGGGUUUCGCAACAAAUGCUACUUCGUUCCCAGCUUUGGUUGGAAAGGGAUCUCUGAUCAUCUCUGACGAGCUCAACCACGCUUCCAUCCGUAUUGGUGCCCGUCUCUCCGGCGCUAUGAUCACCUCCUUCAAGCACAAUGAUAUGCAAGAUCUAGAGGAAAAGCUUCGCGAGGUUAUUUCUCAAGGUCAACCAAGAACCCACCGCCCAUGGAAGAAGAUUUUGGUCGUCGUUGAAGGUCUCUACUCUAUGGAAGGAACAAUGUGCAAUUUGCCAGGUAUUCUCAAGCUCAAGAAGCGCUACAAGUUUAACUUGUUUGUUGAUGAAGCUCACUCCAUUGGUGCUCUUGGUCCCAGGGGCCGUGGUGUAUGCGAUUACUUUGGUAUCGAUCCUUCCGAGAUUGACAUUCUCAUGGGUACAUUGACAAAAUCGUUUGGCGCCAAUGGUGGUUAUGUCGCUGCCGAGAAGCAUAUCAUUGACAAACUCCGCAUGACGAACGCGGCAACGAUCUAUGGCGAAUCACCAACUCCUCCCGUUCUGAUGCAAAUCCUCAGCGCUCUCAAAAUCAUUUCUGGCGAGAUGGUUCCUGGUCAAGGAGAGGAACGCCUUCAACGUAUUGCCUUCAACUCACGUUAUCUUCGCUUGGGAUUGAAGCGUCUCGGAUACAUUGUUUACGGUCACGACGAUUCUCCUAUCAUCCCAAUCAUGCUUUACAACCCCGCUAAGAUGCCUGCCUUUUCCCACGAAAUGCUUCGUCGCAAGAUCUCGGUUGUCAUUGUUGGAUAUCCUGCCACUCCUCUGAUUUCGUCCCGUGCUCGAUUCUGUGUCUCUGCUGCUCACAAUAAGGAUGACAUGGAUCGUGUCCUCGCUGCUUGUGACGAGAUUGGCAAUGUUCUCCAGCUCAAGUUUUCCACUGGUAUUGCAGGAGGCGCCGAGCACCUUCCAGACGGAGUGACUCCCGAAAUGGAGAAGGAAUGGCAAAAAGCGAAUGGUCUCCAAGGUGUUGUUACGCCACCUCGAUGGUCUAUCCGCGAAGUCAUUGCCAAUGGUGUUCAAGAUGUCAAGCAGCCCUUGAGGUGA